AUGCACUUGCCCUCGCGCCUGUCGAGCCGCCCGACAUUGGCCGCCCACUUCUCCCGCAUCCCCGCCUUCGCCGACCUCCUCCUCGACCAUGUCGCCUGCUCGACCUCGCCCCCAGCGCUGUGCAAGGCCACUCGCGACGGUCGAGCCGGCAGCCGAGCAGUGCACGAGGUCGUCCAGCCGGCGGCCAAGACGCGCAAGGCGGCGUCGUCGCACGCCACAAUGACGAGCCGGGUCCAGAAGCGCCAGAGCAAGAUGCGCGGCGUCGAGAAGCAGGACGGCGAGCAGGAGAGCGAGGGCGACGAGAAGGACCAGCAGACGCCGCGCUCGCACACGACCAGGUCGAGGGGCGCCGCCAAGAAGAAGAAGGUCGUCGUUCAGUCGCCUCACGCGUCGGCCGCCGAGGACGUCUCGCCGCGCAAGAAGGGCGACAAGCGCGUCUCGAACGACAUUCCGCCACCUCGCGACCUCGACGCCGACGAGCUAAAGCGCGUCAAGGAGUUUGAGGCGCUCAAGAAGCCGCGCAGCAGCGAGGGCGCCCAGAAGGAGAAGGCCGUGCGCUCGUUCUCGCAACUCGUCUCGCGCGACCGCAUCCGUACGCCGCCUGACGAGGUCAUGGCCGAGGCCGAGCCGCUCGGCCGCGUCGGCAGCGAGGACCGGGCCGCACACAUCGAGGGCGAGGACGACUUGUUCGACCCGGGCUUCUUCCCCGACGACCUCGCGCACGUCCCUGCGCUCGACGCCCUCGCUCCGGGCCCGCCUCACGCCCAGGACCUCCUCGGCGUCGCCGACCACGGCAACGCUCCGCCCCGCCGCCGCGAGGCCUCGCCUUCGCCGUUCCUCGACCCGGCCAAGGACGAGACGUUCGUCGAGCGGGCCGUGCCCGCGGCCAAGGAGCGCCCGGCCAUCCUCGUUCCCGACAGCCCGCCGCAGGCCGCCGCCGCCGCCGCCAAGGCGAGGGCCGUCACCGCUCCUGCCUUGUCCUCCCCGCACCCUCAGCGCCACCCUCAGCAGCCGCAGCACCCUCCCCCUCGGGCGACGGCGAGGGACGAGGGCCCACACGGCGGCGGCGUCUCGGAUUCGGGCUCGUCGUCUCGGGCAGAAGGUGGCGCGGUACCAGGGGAGGGUGGCUCGGGCGUCGAGACGGGUCAAGGCGGUGGACACGCGGCGAGCGGCGCGACCGGUACGGGCGAGGCUCGUGACGGCGCAGGUGCGGGCGCGUCCGAUGCUGCAUCGAGCAGCGGCUCGGCGAGGUGCGGCGACGCAGCGGGCGAGCGCGAGACGUCGACGGCGUCGACGACCACGGCGCUCGCCGGGUGCUGUCGCGCGGCGUGCGAGGUCGUCGACCACCUCGCCGACGUGCGCCGGGCGCACGCGCUGCCGGUGCGCUUCCUCGCGAUGCACUUUGCGCGCAGCGUGUGCGCCGAGGCGCUGCGGGCGCACGCGGGCGGCGGCGACUCGCGCGAGGGCGAGGACGACGACGACCCGGCCGCCCCGGCGAGCUGCGCCGAGCUCGCCGCAGUACGGUCCCUCGCCGACCUCCCUGACGACAUGGGCGCCUGCGUUCGCGCCUGCGUCCUCGACCGCACCUGUCUCGACGACGCCCUCGACGGGUUUUCGUCAACGCGUCGCCGCUCUCGCUCAACGAGUACGCGUCGCUCGGCCCGUCGCCGUUCGACCUCGCGCUCCUCGCCGUCGUGA